AAUUUCAGACCAACGACUUAACGAGUCUGUUGAGUUGAUUGUUGAAGAGGGAAGAGGGAAGAGGGAAGAGGGAAGAAGGUAGAGGGUGGUCGACUUCCCUUCCCUCACGCUCUCGGCCUACUCCGCUCUCCCAACUCCCACCCACCCUCUCGUCUCUCCAUAUAUCCUCGGACAUUGCUUCUCUCUCUCUCUCUCUCUCUCUCUCUCUCUCUGUUUCACAUUUGUCUUCUGAUGAUUCUGUGUCUUUUGGGUCAGUAAUUCCCUAUUUAAGCCUAAGGUGGCGGCUCUCUCUCUCUCUGACAUCGCAACGAUGGGGAAGGCCACCCAUUCGUCGUCAUCGUCGAUUGAUAGCAGUAAACACCCAACUCUCUCAUCUGCAUCAUCUUCUCUCUGCCACCAACCAAAGACUGCCAACAGAGACUUGAGCACAGAUCUUCGGCUUGGACUCACCCUCUCAAGAUCCACAUCACUCUUCCCCGAUACCAUCUCCAAUUCCGAUUUCAGGGAGCAAGCAUCAGAUUGGCCACCGCUGAAAUCACUUCUGAGGAGUACACUUGCAGAUCAGAAAGGAAACAAUAGGCAAAGGCCAACCUUCUUCGUGAAGGUAUACAUGGAAGGCAUUCCAAUUGGGCGGAAGUUGGACCUCUUUGCUCACCAUGGUUAUGACGACCUAAUCACCACUCUUGCCCACAUGUUCAGGACCACCGUUACCAUUCUCUAUCCUGAUAGAGAUCGAGUGGAUUCUGACAAAGAUCAUGUAUUAACAUACGAAGACAAGGAAGGGGAUUGGAUGAUGGUGGGGGACGUUCCUUGGGAGAUGUUCCUGACCACUGUGAAGAGACUCAAGAUCACCAGAGCAAACAGAUGCUAGAUUCUAACCUACCCAUUGCCCUCCGGCCCUCCCCCUCUUUCUCUCUCUGCAUUUUUGACUUGUAAACAACGGUAGUAGCAUAGAAUUUGUUAAAUUGCAGAUGUACAGCCAUACUUCCAAGUGAUAGACUCAUAGGAAUUUCAGUUAGUUUCUUCUUUUUUUUCCCCCACCCAUCUGAGAUGCAAAGUUUCAGAAAAUGAAUGUGAAAACUAAGAAAGUUCUAAAGCUGUUGAAUAUUUUUGAGAACUUAAA